ACCCCAAGUAUAAAAGCCUAUAUGCUCUGUUCACCCACAGCCACUUUUCAAAGUCAUCUGCAAAAACCUUUGUUCCAGAUAAAGACCCAAGAAAAACUGAAUUAAGAUCCCAUCCAAACCACAAUGACUGAUCUGGAAAAUUCUCUGGCCACCAUCAUGGAGGUAUUCCAUAGGUAUGCCGAGAAAGAAGGGGACAAGCACAAACUAAAGAAAAGUGAACUGAAGGACUUGAUCAAUGAGGAACUAACAUCCCUUUUAGGGCAAGUGAAGGACCAGGCCACUAUGGACAGUUUGAUGGAGAGUCUGGAUACAGACGGAGACUCGGAAUGCGACUUCCAAGAGUUCAUGACAUUCAUCACCAUGGUUACUGUCUGUUGCCAUGAUUUCUGCGAGCACCAUGAGGACGAGUAGCCAGGCACCAGUUAAACAAGAGAGAGAGAGAACUAGUAAAUUAUAAAAUAGAAGUUAUAGUUAAAUAAAUAAAAAUACCCGGAAAGGUCAAUAUAAAUGUUGUAUUUUUCUUGUUGGUCCCAUCUAGUUUCAGUAGGUUUCUUACUCCCCGUUCACCUACAAAGGAUUAAAGCACUUUUUUUCAUUGAGUUGAAGGAGCAGCCAAAUUAGGCAUGCACCGUAGUCUUUGUCAGCGAGGCAUAGAGCACUUUUCCUGUUACGCUGUUAAGCUAAAACAAAACAAAAAACUGGUUUCAGUUUUUUUAUGCUGCUCUACUUUGGUAAACUGUUAUCACUAACAACGCAUGUAUUAUCAGCUACCCCAAUCAAUUCACAUGGUUUGGCAAGUAAAACAGGUUUUACCCGGUUAGAUUUUGUCCCAACAUUUCUCGCUGUGGUUGAUUUCCAGCAAAUAUGUUACGUUUAAUCUUGUUUCUGUAUUGAACUGUAUUUUGUGUGAUUCUAUUGAAACUGUAACAUAGAUAAUCAAUAAAGAUGAUAAAAUUAA